AUGCCGCAGUCGAGCCUGACGACAUGGCUCAACAAGCCUCAGGCGCUGAAGCAGCCGCCAGCAAGGCCAGCUCCGGUCUUUACUCAAACACCACAGGCUGAGCAAUUGCCAACACCACCUUCAUCACGCGAACAUACCACGCUUCUCGAGGCGGCCGACGAGUCGCUCGCACAGCCUGCAUCGAAAUCGCUUCCCGUCAAUGUCGAACUUCGAGCAUGUACGCAAGAUGAUCUUUCAAGUCUCAAACGUCUUACCUCGCUUCUACUCCCAAUUCCAUACCCGGAUGCAUUCUACAAGGAGAUUGUCGAAGAUCCUUUGACCAAUAACAUCACUCUACUUGCAGUGUGGCACGAUGAUCCAGCCAUGGUAGGCAAGCAGAAAGGCCGACUCGUGGGUGCCAUUCGAUCCCGUCUCCUCGCGCAUCCACAAGGAGAGCUAUCCGCCACGAGGGACAACAAGCCGAUGCUCUACCUGAGCACCCUUGCAGUUCUCAGCCCUUAUCGCACACAUGGCAUUGCAUGUCAUAUGCUUCAAACUUUGACCAAGCGCGCAAUGGAGACUUAUGGGAUUUCCUGCGUCGGCGCCCAUGUUUGGGAGGCGAAUGCAGAGGCUCUUACGUGGUAUCGCAAGCGUGGCUUCCGCGAGGUCGGACGGGAACCUAACUACUACCGCCGACUGGAUCCUCAAAGUGCCAUCGUUGUUCAAAGGGAUGUUGGAGUCAUGGAUCUUCUGCCAAAAUGA